AUGGCGCCUCCUGUAGAUGCCUUGUUUGUCAAGUCACAAAAUACUACCCUGCCGAAAUCCCUUCGUCCUACCUCUCCACCACCAGACAAUGUGCCAAAGCACAAGCACGUCAAGGAUCUCAAGCUCAGAACGAAACUAAACCGGCAGGCGGCACAUGCUGCGCGUUCAAAAGCACUUGUCGAAGAUGCUGAACUAUUGCUCACAAGCGAGGCAGGGAAAAUGCAGGUGGAGACCGAGCUGGAACGAACUUGGAGAAUAGGCCAGGAUGAUAUUGAGGCUGCCAAGGGACGACGGGAGCUGAAGUUGGAUGGUGGUCCAUAUCGCUCGAGAUACUCGAGGAAUGGCAGACAUCUUGCUAUUGUUGGCAAUAUGGGUCAUGUCGCGACUUUUGACUGGCAAACAGGAACCAUGCAUGCGGAGCUUCAGCUGCAGGAAACAUUAUUUUUGCAGGAUCAGUCGUUCUUCGCAGUCGCACAAAAAAAAUAUGUAUUCAUAUACGACCGUGAUGGUGUCGAGCUGCACCGAUUGAAGGCUCACAUUGAACCCACGCGACUCGAAUUUCUUCCAUAUCACUGGUUGCUUGCUAGUGUGGGAAACAACGGAUUUCUAAAAUAUCAAGAUACCUCUACAGGUCACAUCGUCGCUGAGCAUCGAACAAAGCUCGGGGCAUGUCAUACACUCGCACAAAAUAAACACAACGCGGUGCUACACCUUGGUCACUCCAAUGGUGUUGUCACCCUGUGGACGCCAAACAUUCCUCAUCCUGCUGUACAAAUCCUAGCACAUCUCGGUCCGGUUGUGGGGCUGAGUGUCGAUCCGAGUUCUGGUGGGCGCUAUAUGGCGACGUCAGGUCAGGAUGGCGUCGUAAAGGUUUGGGACUGCCGAAAUUGGAAGGGUACUGUGCGGGAAUGGACGACAAGAGGUGGUAGCGCUGAGUUGGAAUGGAGUGCGAGGGGUGCGUUAGGUGUGGCAGUAGGUGGAAGUGUGAAUGUAUACACAAAACCGUCAAUACAGACCCCGCACGCAGCCAAAGCCCCGCCGCCUCUUUACCUUACACACCCAAUACCACAUCGACCGCUCACUUCGGUGCGGUUUUGCCCCUUCCAAGAUAUCCUUACGAUCGGACACAAUGCUGGUCUGUCGAGCAUUCUUGUGCCUGGGGUUGGCGAACCAAACUUCGACAGUACGGAAGCCGAUCCAUUCGAGAACAAAAAGGCAAGAAGGGAAAGGGAAGUCAAGGGUCUAUUGGACAAGAUUCAAUCGGACAUGAUCACACUCGACCCAGAUUUCGUCGGAGCCCUUGCACCACCAACAAAAUUAACGACCUGCUCGGAUGAAACGGAGCUCGUUGAUGCCGACGACGAGGAUGGUGCUGAAGGUGACGGCGACAAGAAUGAUAAACCACAGUCACGAGCGGAGAAAGAGAAGCGGAAAAUGCGCGGCAAAGGCAAGAGUCUCAAAAGAUACCUCCGGAAGCAACGUAAAAAUGUCAUCGAUCCCACUGCGCAGCGGGAGGAAAAGCGCGUGGCAAAGGCUAUCGAGAAUGGUCAGAUAGAGGCGCGCAAACCAUCCGCGCUUGAUCGAUUUAGACGACCGUGA